AGUUGUUCUAGCCAUAUUCAUCGUUUUGAAUCUAUAGUUCAGCUAUGCUAACUGUCUGCUGUUUGUUAGAGAGAGCUAAAGUUGAAAAUUAACGAUUUAUUAGCUAUAUGUAUACCUGCAAGAUGUCGGUUAGUUGUUAAGGCCGCGGUGCGCGUGGAACAAUGUAAAGUAAUGUCAACUCUUUACGACUUUGUUCGUUUACUAUGAACUCCCUAUCAGACCAGCUUCCGGCAUCAAGCACAUCAUGCAAGACACUACCUGGAGAUGGAAAUCAGGUACAACCAAAAGCCCCUCUUCUGCAGAUUCUGCGUGUUGCCGGAGCGCAGGAAGAAGUCUUCACGCUCAAAGAGGUCAUGCACUACUUGGGGCAGUACAUCAUGGGGAAGCAACUAUACGACAAACAGAGGCAGCACAUAGUCCACUGCCAGGACGACCCUCUGGGGGAACUGCUGGAGGUGGAGAGCUUCUCCGUCAAAAAUCCAAGCCCGGUGUAUGAAAUGCUCAAGAAAUACCUGGUUGUGCUUGGUUGUUCUGACGCUGCAGAGAAUCUUUCUGUGGGCCGUGAAUGUGUAGAGGGCGGAGUGGAGGAUCGUGGUCAGAUGUGCGGAGGUGUGGUCAAAGCAGGGCUGGAGGCCGACAGUGAUGGGCCUCUCCUGCAGACCCCCUCCCAGCGCCGUCCUCGGGAGCCAGACGACGACUCCCUUGAAGGCCUGCCACGGUCAGCCUGCAAACGGCCCAAACUGGAUGUUUCUUUAGACGAGUGGGACCUCUCUGGUCUGCCCUGGUGGUUUCUGGGUAAUCUCCGUAGUAAUUACAGCCGCAGGAGCAAUGGCUCCACCGACAUUCACACAAACCAACUGUCUCCCGCACAGGAGGAGGACACGGCCAUCGUGUCGGACACCACCGACGACCUCUGGUUCCUGACCGAGGGCGGGAGUGAACAGGUGAGUGUGGAGAUGAAGGAGGCGGGACUCGAGGAAGGGAGCGCGGGAGAAGGGGAGGCUCUACCUGAGGACGAGGAUGAAGGAGGGAAGGAGGAGAAAGCAGAUCGCGAGAUGCUGGAAGAGCCGGAUGAAGACUCUCAGUGCCUAAGCGAUGACACUGAUACAGAGAUCUCCACACAGGAUGCGUGGCAGUGCACUGAGUGCAGAAAGUACAACACGCCUCUCCAGAGGUACUGUGUUCGCUGCUGGGCUCUACGUAAGAACUGGUACAAAGAUGUCCCCCGACUCGCCCAUUCCCUCUCUGUUCCUGACAUCCCAGCAUGCAGCUCUCUGACCACCAACGAUGAGGAAGAUGACAGUGACACAGGCAUUGACAUCCCAGACUGCAGCAGGACGGUCUCUGACCCCGUCAUCCUGCCCUCCCACUCCACAGCUGACCGCCCACUGCCCACUAUGGCCACAGGGAAAGGCAAGGGGCCGUGGCCCUCCGGCUUCCAUAAGGACGAGCAGCUCUCGGGAGGGGAGAGUCAGGAGAACCUGGGCAUGGAGAUUGAGGAGGUUAAGCCUGAGGCACUCCUGGAGCCUUGCAAGCUGUGUCGAGUGCGACCACGCAACGGAAAUAUAAUUCACGGACGCACGGCUCACCUUAUAACCUGUUUCCCAUGUGCAAGGAAGCUGCACAAGUUCCAUGCUCCUUGUCCAGGAUGUGGGAAGAUCAUUCAAAAAGUCAUUAAGAUAUUCAUCCUCUAAAAGGGACACACACACACACACACACACACACACACACACACACCUGUCAGGCUCUGGGGAACUCAACAACACAAACACAUUUGACCACACGGAUGCAUGCACUCUGGUUCACACUCUGCUCGUAGACACACACAAGAUGUGCACCUUAAAACAUACAAUGAUACACAUGAAAUAUAGCACUUGGUGAAGCUUGCUCUUGGUUGCAUGUUCUAUUCUGCAUCACGCUGCCUCUGAAGUAUUUUGGGAUGAAACCUUGGACACAAGAGUUUAUCAUGCCAGAUUGGUGCCACAUUUAAAUAAGGGACAUAUAAAGAAAGGCAGACGUAUUUAUUUAUUUAUUAGAAGAGUGCACGUUUAUGUGAGCUAUUUGGUUUCAUGAGAGCUUGUUUUUUUUCAGGCCGUGGAUCUUCUCAUUUGUUUUUGAAUGGUGCCAUUUUAAACUAGUAUUGCGGUCUUUAGUUCUGCUAGUUUUUCCUUCCUCCAUAGAUUCACUUCAGUCAUCUGGACCGAAAUGGAUAGAUCAGUCCAGGUAUUCAACUACAAUAAUAUGUUUGUAAGCAUCGUCUGUUAUUUUGUUAUGUAUAUUUUUAACCGUUCUCAUAUCCUCUUGUUGCUCUGACAUUUAAGUUAUGAAGACAAGAUUGAAGGAAGAACAGGAAAACGGUGAUUUUGUUGUCAAUGGCUGCAGCUCCAUGAAAGUGUCCUAAGCUUCUAACAAAAAGAGAAUUAUUAGCAUAAUUGAAUGUACUGUAAAAUACUAGUGAUGGUGGCUUAAGUCCUGUUUCUCUCAACAUAGUAUUUUAAAAUGAACUUAAUUGAACCUGCUUAAGAAUGCACAGCUGAAGUAUUUACUGUACUUUCCUCUCGGGGUAGUAAUUUGAUGUUAAUAUGUAUUCAAUAUCUUAUUUACGAUUGCCACGCCACUGGUGACAGUUAUGCCUGCAGUAAGUUAUGUUCUAUAAUUGUUUAAUGUUUAAAUGUUACUGUUCAGAAAGAGCUACUUUACAACCCUUCCUGAACGUAUGAUAAAUGAACAACUUCUGUAUAUUUUGUAUUUAAUUAAUUUAUGAUUUAAGUUUUGAUUGAUUGGAUGAUCGCGUCUAAUGAAGCAGGGAAAGGCUGCACUUGCUCCAGAGCUCUGUGUACUUUUACAGAAAAUCUUAAACUAAACUAAAUUACUAAAUGUACCGUGUCAAAAAAUGACUGGAGUACUUAUUGGGAGUUGGAGGUUUUAUUUCAGCGUUACACUGCCAUGUAAUGACUUAAGUUGUGUAUUAUAGAUUUUAUUUUGAUGGAUUAUUUGAAGAAUGUAUUGUUGGACCACGUAGAAACGAUUUACUCAGUAAGCGUGUGAGCUGCCUACCAAUACCACCGGCUCUGCAACGCUCGGUGACACGAAGCAUUUACCUCUCGGCUCUGCUCUGCAGAGAGAGAAUGUUGCAGAUCUUUGAUCGGAUCUUCACUUGCGUUUAAUCUUUCUGCCAGCAGGUGGGGAGAAGUCUGAAUAUGAUAUCUGGUCUACAGUACCAGUAAUAACAUGUAACGCAUAUAUAGAGCAUGCCUGCUGUCGUGACUAGAUCCAGCACUGAUCUGGUGUGAGAGCUAUAUUAACUAUAUAAACACUAUAAUAGGUUAAUUAUAUAGGCUGUUGUACUUAUCGCCAUAAAUGUGCUUCGAGGAAAAACAAACUUCUUACUAAAGACAUCAUAAAAAUGACUUGGCUUGCAUAUUAUAGCCUUGAUCCUUGUUUAGAAUGACUGACUUGUUACAGGUAUUGGCAUUAAGAAACAGCUAAUGUAGUUUAUUUUCUCUUUUUUUUAAUGAACCUGUCAUGGAAUGAAAUGAGUUGUUUUGUAAAGCAAUAAAGAGUUAAUUGUU